AUGGAUGCUGAAAUUGUUCAAUUAAUUAAUGAACUGGGAGUUUAUUCGGAAGGAGAGUAUAAACUUCAUCCUUUUCACAAAGCCUCUCUUUAUCAAAUUAAACGCCAUUUGGCUUCUGAUAAUGAUAAGAUUAUUUUAAUGAAAUGUUCCGAAGUUAAUAUUAUUGGAAAUGAUAUUAUACCAAUAAUGAAGAUAUUUUAUGAUAAUCCUCAAAAAAAGGAUCUAUUUUUAAUGUGUUUAAGAUUAUGUAUUACUUUAAUAUCCCCAAAUAGCAUUGUUUUUGAACAUAUGGACCACACUAAUCCUGAAACAACAACGUUAAUAUCAAAGAGAGAAAGUUAUUUAUUUAAUAUUUUAAAAUCUAUUGCUUAUUCUGAUCUCAUGGUAUAUCUUAAUGGAAGUUUACUCACAAUUUUUAAUGAACAAGAAAAAACUGAUAUUAGUAUUGCAACGAAGGAAUCUAUUUUUCAAUUAGUUCAAAUAAUUGUGUCAACUAAUUUCAAUAGUAUAACAUCAGAUGAGAAAACUAUAAUAGAAGAAUCAUUAAUAAGUAAAAUAGUAGUGUCUGAUAUCAUUGAAACAAUGUACAAAUAUUCAAAAAGUAGUGGAUAUAAAACUGAUAUGUAUAUGUUUAUAUAUAUUUUCGGUCAAAUUUCUAAAUCUGUUGAUCCAAAUUCUAUUGUUGCAACAGAAGUUGCACGUAGAAAAAAAGAAGAACAAAUGAAAAAAUUUUCUACAACUAUAAAUGUAAAAGAAUUAGUUAAAUCUAUUGAACAAGAUUUUCAUCCUAAAAGAACAAAACCUCUACCAGAUGAUAAGGAUCCAUUAUUUCCAAUGACUGAGGAAGCCAACAGAAAGAAACACAGUCAACGUCGCCGUAUUAUUAUGAAUGGAAGAUUUCCUGGAACAUUUGUAGAUAUGAAUAAUUUUACAAAAGCGGGUAGAGCAAAAGUUGUAAAUAAAAUUGAAGUAAAUUCUAUGGACUCUAUUGUAAAGCAAAAUACUUUUAAAACUUUUAAUAGAAACUUUAAUAAACAAGUUACAGGUGAAGAUGAAAGAGUAUUAACUUUAAAAAGCAAAGUAUAUACUAAAUUUUAUAAUCAAAUCAAAAUGCUUAUGUUAUCAGGAUUUGAUUUUAAACGUUAUGCCUAUUCUGAUAUUGUUACUUGGUCUGAUUUAAAAGUAGAAUUAAUGGGUGCUGAAGUGAAUUAUUUAAAUUUAUUAUGGUUCAUGCUUAAAAUAUCACGAUUAGAUAAUAUACCAUGGUUAUUUCAAAAUGAUUUUAUGACUUUUGAUAAUAUUGAAAUAUGGACUGAAAGAAUUAUAGAUUCGAUGAAUAAGUAUGAAAAACCAAAAAUUAAUUAUAUUAGAGAGAAAUGUAAAUAUAUGUUAAAUAUCUUAAAAGAGGCAUUUUAUAGAAUCCCUAGUUUAAAAGAAAGGAAUGAAGAUGAAUAUAGAGCAUUAAUCUAUGAGUUAUAUUUUCAUAGCUUUCUUAAAUCAUUUGUAAAAUUUUAUCAUUAUAUGGAUAAUCUGCUAUCGUCACAAUCUUUAUAUAAUGCAUUGUUUUCAUUAACAACUGUUUAUUUUCAAAUGGCAAAGUUUAUCAAUAUUAAUGGAGGAUAUUGUGGACAACUUGAAAGAAACAAUGCAUUAGAGGUAAAAGAGGAACUUAUAGAAGUUGAAGAUUUAAUGGGUCAAUUUUGUAACAAAUUUGUAGCUCGAUGUGCAAUGCAUUUUUCUUUGAUAUAUAGUGAUAGAAUCUCUUCCAGUGAAUUACAUAAUUUAAUUUCAGUAAUAUAUUAUUCAUCGUUUGGAUUGAAAAAAAUGAUUUAUUAUUUUGAAGUUAAAUUUUUUGUUUGUCUAAGGAAGUGGAUUUAUACAUUAAAAAAAGGAUGUAAGAAUAUAGAAAUGUUACCAGUUUUAGAAAAUUUUCUAAAAAGAUUAAUGAUUCAUGCAGAAGAAUAUCAUUUAUUUGGUGUAAAUGACUCAUUAUUUUUGAAUCAAAUUUCAAAACCUAAUAAAACCAGGAGAAAAAAAAAAGCUAAUUUGGAAAACGAGGAAGAUUUUGAAGAACAAGGAAAUGAAGAUGAUUUUAAUGAUACUGAGGAACAAGAAGAUGACAAGGAAUUUGUUAAAGUUGAUGAAACUGCAGAUGAUAAUAUUGAGAUACAGGAGAAUGACUCUCGUAAAAAAAUAAAGAAAAAAAUAAAUAGAGUUGUAAUAGACGACACUAGUGAUGUAGAGGAAGCAGAUGAUGUUAUGGAAGAACUUACCAAUAAAAAUAUUGAGGAUGUAAAUGAAAGUUUAAAUAAUUAUUUACUUUCAAGUGAAGAAGAAUACGAAAGUGAUAAUGGAAAAGAGAAUGAUUCUGAUAAUGAAUAUCAAAAUCAACCAAAUGAACUUAAACCCGAAGAUUUAUUUCAUAUUUAUAACAAAAAAAGAUCUUUGUUUGAUGAUAGCGAUGGAGAAAAUAAUGAUGAACCAGAGGAAUCUUCUCAGAGACCUUUAAAGAAAAGAAAAAUGAUUAAUGAUGAUGAAGAUGACGAUGAAUAG